AUGAACCUGAGCUUACGCUCCCUGCAGAACGGCUCCCGCUGGGCGCUUUCCUUCGACAUGUCCUCCCUCUCCAGCAGCCAGGAGGUGAACCUGGCCGAGCUCCGUGUCCGCCUGCCCGGCUUCUCCCCAGCCCGCAAUGUCUCCCUGGACAUCUAUCACAGCCGGCGGCGGAGGUGCCGGGGCAGUGGGACCUGUGCCCACCAGCUCUUCCUGGGCACCGUGGCUGGCAGCCCCUCUUCCACCCAGGCCUCCUGGAAAGUCUUUGAGGUCACCAGACUGCUCCGGUCCUGGCUCCACCAAGCCAUGGCCCCCGCGCACCACGGUCCCACGGGAAGGGAGUCGUGGGAGCAACGCUGGCCACACGGGCAGCCAGCCCUGCCCCAGGACGUGACGGAUGGAGUCCUGCUGCUCGUCUUCUCCAGGGACAAGUCUCCGGGAGACCACAGCCUCAUCAGGACAGCGGAGACCUCCAAGCACGUCAUGCGUGACAGCAGCUCCCAGGGCACGGGGACCCGCCGGCAUCGCAGGAACAGGAAGGAGAAGCAAAGGAUCAAAGUGAGCGAUGCUGCUGCUGCCGUCCCAGGGGAGGAGGGCAGGUCCUUGUGCAGGAGGGUGGACAUGAUGGUGGAUUUCGAGCAGACCGGCUGGGGCAGCUGGAUUGUCUACCCCAAAAAGUACAACGCCUACCGGUGCGAAGGGCAGUGUCCGUCACCCGUGGAUGAGACCUUCAAGCCCACCAACCACGCCUACAUACAGAGUUUGCUGCAGCUCUACAAGCCCAACCAGGUGCCCUGCCCCGCCUGCUCCCCGGUCAGGAUGAGUCCCCUCUCCAUGCUCUACUAUGAGAAGGGUGAAAUCGUCGUCCGCCACCACGAGGACAUGAUCAUCGAGGAGUGUGGCUGCAACUGA